AUGCUCCACUUCCAGCGACAGAAGGCCUUCAUUGAGGCCAUAGAGCAGGUGGAAAAGAAGAAGGCCCUGUCGGCCGUGAGAGGUCACAUGACCUUGACCUCCUUCAUGAAGGACAAACUGGAGAAGACGACAUCGGACCUUGUAUUCCUCCAUGUGGCCGUCCUGAACCCGAACGACAUAUUUGACCUCACGUGCGUGCUCAACCCCUACCAGCGUCUGGGUAGCAGCUCCUUCAUGCUGGUCAGUGGGGGUGCCCGGAUACUGAGGAUCAGGAGGGACCACUUCCAACAACACGCCCCCAACGCCGCCCUCGAGUACACCCGCACCCAGGCCUACAAACAAAGAUAUCCCACUGACGACGUGCUUAUAAGGUCCUAUAAAGAGCAGACGGAUUGGGACGCUUUCAAGAGAAGCGUGGUAAGAGAUGUUAAGAGCAGCCACGUGAUCCUCAGAGACAGAAGGCGCUUUUACAAAAUGGCGCCAAAGGUCAAGGACAAAAAGAGCCAGGUCUGGACGUUCCUUGUUGACAACAGAGUCGUUGAGAUGAAGAGUCUUCAGAGGCGGAAACUCGUUGAGAAGAAGGAAACAUCCCCAGCCGUGGAGAGGGUAUGGAGUCUGGACCAUCGACCGGAAGUUGUCAGGUCUGUGCCGGAAAACAUCGUCAUGCGCAGACACAGUACUGUCAGAUUCAGUGCCAAUGCAUCAAUGGUUAAAAGGUUUCACCCGAUAAAGAGCCAAACUAGUUCGGAAGAUGAAGCCCCUGUAUUUAACAAAGGGAAGAGGCGUUCUGUUUCCAUUAAACUUCCUAUACAAGAGGAAGAGGAACCGGAGGAAACGGAGGAUUAAAGCAUCACGAGGACUUGCCGAUUAUAAUUGACUCGAUCGCUAAGCCGAAAGUUUGAUUUGAAUGAGUGAAUUGGGUUUAACGCCUGUUUGAAUUUCAGUUAUAUCGUGUCAGUUUGAUGUGGGAGAAAUGCCAGAGGUAAUGCAGGUCUUAGACGGUUAUCACUCUUGUGAAACCAAUGAGCACGGUGAUGGUGAUGCUAACCUAGGAAUAUUAUCAGGACAAAUCGGGAUUCGGGCCGACUAUCGUAUGUUACUGGCAUAGAUCUGGUCAAACAUUCCGAAUUAACUGUGCUCAAAAUCAACACUUGGUAAACUAUCAAGUUGAUCAAACAUGAAGAAUGCACUAUGACUCAACAUUGACUAAACAUAAUACCAGACAACUUGAGGAUCAAACAUCUAGAAUACACUGUGACUUAGCAAUGUUCACACACCACAUGGGAAGACUUGGGGACACGUCAGCACCAGCGGAUAACCUAAUGAAACACAUGCUAACUGUGUACGUUUGAAAACAUUACAAGAUGUGCAGCCUUGAUCGAGACACAGUGUUGUGAAGCACCUUUAAAUAUUAGACUUGAAUAUUGAACGUCAUGAAACUGUGGUUGCGUCUGAAACUGAAACUGCAACUAUCACGCCAUGGAGACCUCACCAUGUUACAGACUUGCAUUGAUGGAGAGAUUAACUCGUUACAAACGUUAGACUGGAUAUGCAUGCAUGGUGUGUGAAAUGAUAGUCCUUUAAAAGUGAUUUGUGUGGCGAAGGGUUAUUUUCUUAUCAUUGACUUACAACAAAUGAAAAAAAAGCAAAGAGCGUUCUUGUUCCCCAGUGCCCGAAAAAUUUGCCUCAUCGUGAAUGUUAAAUGUUAAUCCCGAUUCCGGUCUUGCAUCUUGAGUGUUAUUUUCCAUUUUUAAUGUAAGCAGUCCCGACAUCCAGCAAUCGUUAAAGUCCCGUUGAUUUCAUUUUGUUUAAAUUGACGUUAGGUAGAAGUAGAAGUGUUUGGAAAAUUAAAAUAAUAAAUGUAAUAAAAUUGAACUGAGCGACUCAUGUGGUUAAACGUCGUCUAAGGCGCCGCAAGUGUAGAGUGUAGAGUUGCGUCCCUUGGAUACGCCAGAAACCUAUGAUCGUGGAUUCGUAUCAGCAUCGUUAGGGGUUUCACCAAAGUGGUAAACGUCUAAA